CACUCCAGGGAAUGCUUCAAUCAUCUGAGGUGCAAUCACUCAGUCUACCUUGCUACAGUGUUUUCAGCUGUCAGCAUAGUAAACUGUAUGCUUUAGUACAAACCUAUCUAUGGCUAUGAGUGUGAACGCUACAAUAUUUAUAAUAGGAUGUGGAAUAUCAGGUAUAGCAGUGGCACACCGACUUGUCAAUGCUGGAUUUCGACGCGUGCGGAUACUUGAAGCAACUGCAAGAAGUGGAGGAAGAAUAAAAACUGGUAGACUGGGUGAUAAUAUUGUUGAGGUAGGGGCAAACUGGAUCCAUGGACCGUCUGAGGAGAACCCAGUGUUUUGUCUGGCCCGCAAGUACGGGCUGCUGGAUCCAGAGGCCCUCAAUCCAGAGAACCAGGCUACGGACGUCGAAGGAUAUCCCCCCAAGGUUCCAAAUGUCUUCAGCAGUUCAGGUCAGAAACUGAAUGCUGAGGACAUCUAUCCUGCUCAGGAGCUGUUUAUUAGGUUAAUGUGUGCAGAAUUUGAGAGUCAAGGAGGAGAACCCCAGGCCUGUGUGGGAGAUUUCAUACGUUCAAAGGUUCAACAACGAGCAGCAGAAGAGUGGAAAGAUGUUGAAGCAGCCACCAGAUCUCUGCGACUGUGUAUGAUCAGUAACAUGUUAAAGGUGGAGUGCUGUAUUAACGGGGCUCACAGCAUGGAUGAGGUGGGUCUGGAUGCCUUUGGCCUAUACAAGACUUUUCCUGGGAUGGACUGUACAUUGCUAGGUGGCUUUGAAGGUCUUAUCAAAAACCUGAUGUCGGAGCUCCCCAGUGGUUUAGUGACCUACAAUCAGCCUGUUCGCUGUGUCCACUGGAACAACACAGAGAAGAGAGAGAGCCCUGUGAUGAUCGAGUGUGAUGAUGGGGAGAAGGUUGCUGCUGAUCAUGCUAUUGUCACAGUUCCUCUAGGAUACCUAAAGAAGCACCAUUCAGACCUGUUCCAUCCUCCCCUCCCUCUACACAAGCUGCACUCCAUCCAGAGACUAGGUUUUGGAACAAGCAAUAAAAUUUUUCUGGAGUUUGAUUCACCGUGGUGGGAUGCUGACUGUGAGGUCAUCUACCUGGUGUGGGAGGAUGAGGAUGUCAUGGUGGACCAGGUGCCAGAUGUGCAGAGGUCCUGGAUGAAGAAGUUGUUUGGCUUCACUGUGCUGAAACCCACUGAGAGGUAUGGCCAUGUUCUGUGCGGCUGGAUUGCUGGGCAUGAGUCAGAGUAUAUGGAGACACUGUCUGAACAGGAGGUCACACACACCAUCACACAACUCAUCCGCAGAUUUACAGGAAAUCCUACCAUCACCCCGAGGAAAGUCCUGCGGUCCCAGUGGUUUCAUGACCCCUGGACAUGUGGAUCGUACUCUCACCCAGGAAUAGGCUGUUCAGUGCAGGACCUGGAGAACAUGAGGGAGCCCCUGGGAUCACCGUCACAGCCCCUGCAGGUGCUGUUUGCUGGAGAGGCUACUCAUCCAGACUACUACUCCACCGUCCACGGAGCUCUUCUCACUGGGUGGAGAGAGGCUGACAGACUCAUCUCUCACUACUCCUCCAUCAGUCCAGAUCUAAAAUUUUAAAAUGUUUUUAAUCCCCAAAAUUUAACAAUCUUGUACAUUUCAUUUAAUGGAUUUAAAAGAGGGAACUCCACCGAUUUUGCACAACAAAGUCUUGGGGAUUACUACUGCAUACUGUAUUUGACAAAAGUUCUGUAGCACUCAAUACUGAAAUAAUUUCCUCAAAAUAUGAUAUUGCCUGAAAAUGUAAUAAAACUUAGCUUGAUUAAAAAUGUAAUAAUACCAAAUUAUGUUACAACAUCACCAUUUUAACAUAACAUUUUUAUGUUUUUUUUUUCAAAACUGAUGAUGUAAUGAUUUUGAUGUGUCAAAGGGUAUUCUUUUUUUCCAGAAGUGCAAAGUUUGCAAGUUUACAAAAUGUAUAUGCUGUUAGUGCUAUGUUAGCCUAAUGAAAACACUAACAUUUGACAGUGAUGUUUGGAAAUGCAGGCUUUAUUUUUGUAGCUAGGUGUAAUUAAAUGACACCAGACUCACAACUCAGAUAUAUUUAUUUGUUGAAUACUCUCACAAUGGGAAAGUGGUACUAAAUUAAUUUGAAAUGCUCAAUAUGUGGUCAUUUUAAAAAGAUUUUCAGAUAUGAUACUAUUUAAUCAUGCCAAGGUUUCCACCAAUCUGGGUUAACAUACUUAUAUGAAGUGUAAAAAAGUGACUUGAAUCCUAACUUAAAGUUAUCUAACUGUACCAAAAUCAGUGAAACAGCUCAGUUCAGUGAAGCGGUGGUUUUACCCAAGUGGGCCACACAUGGGUUAUGCCACGGCUACCUGGGUACCAAGUGGGUAUGGGCCUUAAAUGGACAUCUUAUCUGGCGCUCACUUGGGUAAAAUCCCAUGUGGGCAACUGACAUAAGGCCAUUAUGGAACCUGUGGACAAUCCCAUGUAGGACCCAUUUUUCAGCUCAUUUACUACACAGGUGGGCUCCACAUACAAAUGUUGGCCGGGGCAGUAUGUGAACAUGAAAAUGUAAUUGGAUUAUUGCAUUUUAAUUUAAAAUUUUACUCAAAUAGCACAUACAUAUGUGAGAAAAUUAAAAUGCUAUUGUAGGAUUACAUGAUAAUUGAACAGGCUUCCAUAAAUCACACUACUUGUAUGCUGUCCCUAUGACUCCAGUGAGAAGGCACACAAUCAGGGGCCACUGCUAUGAUUUUAAAGAAGGUGGACAUUUACCGUUUUAUAAGUGGAUUUUUAGGAGAUUAUAAGUAAGACAAUCAGGGAUAGUCUUCACCUGAAAAUCCCAUUUUG